CCGCAUAUGUUAGAGAGAGAGAAACCUAGGGGCCAUCCUCUCUCCUCCGCGUAGCGGUUGUAGAGAGAGAAAGACUCAGGAAACGAUCAUUUAGAGAGAGAGAGAGGCAAAAGAAAGAGCCGCGAAAGCUCUCUGCAACGACGAAGAAGGCUCCCUCUCUUAAUUCAUCUCUCUUUGACCCCCGCUCCUUAAAUCAUUGCUUUCGCCGGGUCUCUCACUAAAAAGUCUCGUCAAUUUCAGAGAGUCGUCUCCUUGAGAAACCCUCCCACUUCUCUCACCUAAAAUUCCCUUUAAUUUUUUAGAGAGAGAGAGAGAGUCGUCCGCUGAGAACCCUGGUUUUGCAAAGGGGGAGAAAGAUAAGCUCUCUCAGAAACCUUGGAUCUGGUUCAGUUCUCUCCUCAAAACUUCCUUUGAGAUUUGUGGAGAGAGAAUCGUUGAGCAACCCUAGUUUUGCAGAGAGACAAAGAGAGGCUUUGUUUGUGAAGCCCUAGAUUUGCUCAGAGACAGAGAGAGAGAGAGAGACCUCUUGGAAACUAAGAUUUUCCAAGAGCGAAUUGUCUUGUAGAAACUCAAGAGUGGCAGAAUAGAGAGAGAAUUGUCCUUUGAGAAACCAAAGAUUUGCAGAAGAGGGAGAUAGUCCUUUGAGAAUUUUUAGAUUUGCAGAGACAAGCCAUUUGUAUCUAUGGGAACAGAGGUUCUUCGCCCUCAAGACUGCUUGCGAGACUCCAUGAGGGUUCCUGUCUCUCCUUUUCAAAGGAGACGCGCACCAGGCGGAGGAAACCCUAACUGGAACCUCAAACGAGCUCCGAAGAAGAAAUCACAGUUCGAUUCAUCGAACAAAGCCAAGGAUAACCAGGCCAAGAACCUGGUUAUGGGUCAAGUAACAAUCUUAAAAAGGGGCCAGCCCCUGAUCCCUGCAAAAGACCAACGAUCUCCUCAAAAACCAGCUCUUCUUGGAAGAGAUCCCAUUGUUUCGAGUACCGAAUUUCUCGGACCCGAUCCAGCCAUGGUUCCAAAGAAAAUUGGUCUCACUGAUCUCAAAGAAGCUUUGUCUUCUGGUUUUAAAUGCCAUGAUGUUUAUGCAGGAAGCGGUUUCUCAGUUUCUCCAUCUCCAAGUGCGUUGCCCCUUCCAAGCUUCUCGAGAAAGAAGUCCUUAUUUCCUACCAUUGAUGACUCUGCAACUAAAGAUCUCAGGCGUCUUCUGAAGCUUGAAUAAUUCACAUCUGAUCAAUUCUUAGGUUCUUCUUUCUCACUCUUCUAUCUCCUCCAUCUCUGGGCUUCCUGUUUGUUAUUUUUUCGUAACAGGAAGGCCUCCAAAAUGGGGAAAUCCUCUAUCCUAUCCAUUCCCUGUUUCUCUCGGGUUAAACCUAAAUCUAGGAUGUAAUAAUUGGGUUUCUUGGGACAUCAAGCUUCAUCUUUAUCCCAAAAGUGCAGAGUGGUUGUGUUAGAAAAAUGGAGGGUUCUCUGCUCGGAGGUUGAUGGGUUUAUUAAGGUUUCCUUGUCGUGAUGAUCUCUGUUUCUGUAAGCUGUAACUCCAUGGAAUUUGAAAGCGAGUUGCCGAAGCUUUCAGAGAAAUGGCAACUGCCCUGUUAAUAUAUGUAUAGGGCUGCAAUGGUUUGAUGAAUUUUAGGGUUUGAUUUGUGAAAUUUAGAUUAGAAAUUGGAAGUGUGAUCUUUGAUGAAUUUUAGGGCUUUCUCUGUAAUAUUCCGAGGAGAAUUGAAGACGUUAUCUUUGAUGGAUUUUAGGUUUUCUCUCUAUAGUUUAGAGGAGAAAUUGAAGAUUUUAUCGAGCAAUGGUAUGGCAUCAAGGGUCUUGGCGCUUUUUGUGUGCUCUUGUAAUCUAUCUCUACAUAUUAAUCGAAAUAAUGUUGUCGUAAUUGUGUAGAAAA